UACGUAGGAAAAGAGUAGUCUCCCAUCUAUAAUAACACGAAGAAGGGAAAAGAACAAGAUUUUGACAGUUGACAGAUGUUUCUGUUAAAAGACAAAUAGAAAUUUGAUUUUUAAAUCAAGCCUAUCAAAAUUUAUCGAAUUAUCGGUUAGAAAGGAUUUCAAAUAAAAUUGAUUUUUUUUUCGACAUUAAUAAUUUAGCGAUGUAAAACAAAUCCGUAAGCCGGUAAGAAGCAUUGGCAAUGCUUUUACCGCUGUUACGUUUUCAGAAUCUUCGUUAAUCCAGCUAUGUGUUACUGUUAAAAUUAACUUGAAGGUUCAUUACUAUUCAACAAUGGCAUCGGCUACCGAACAGCAGCAGCAGCAACAACAGCAGACCACCCUGGAGUUUUAUCAGGCGAUGGCUGAUUUUAAAAAUAUGUUUCCACAAAUGGACGAUGAUGUAAUCGAAGCUGUGCUGAGAUCCAAUCAAGGUGCCGUAGAUACAACGAUUGACCAAUUGUUAUCUAUGAGUACGGACAACGAGAAUGAAAAAAUAAGAAGCGAAUUGGAGCAAAGUGAAGAAUUUCCUAACAUUACCAAAUCUUCCAAGUCGGAUUCUAAUAAAUCAUUAAAACAUCUUCAUAAAUGGCAACCUCCAUUAUUAGGACCAUUACCGGAUACAUUUCUUAGACUUCCUCAGCAGUUAUCAAAGGAUACCUUAGACGGGGUAUAUUCCCAAGAAAAUUCAAUGUUGGAGGAUGAAAGAAUUGCCAUGUUUCUCCAAGACGAAGAAUUUAUGGCGCAACUACGUUGGAACGAAGAUUUUCUGACUACUUUAGAAAAUGAUUCAAAGUUACAAGGUACAAGUUUGGAGAAAUGUAAUAAUCAAAGUGGGCAUGACGAUGAAGAUUUGUUUAGAGAAAGAUUAAGAAAUAUGGGUAAAGUAUCGCGUCGUAAGUUCGCCCAACUUACAAAAGUAUUCACACGUAGCAAGAAACGAGGUGGACGGCAAUUAUUACCACCGACAGCAUCGUGCGAUGAUCUUCUAGAUCCGGAAGAAUCAUCUAGACCGCAAUCUUAAAAGUCAUAUAACUUAAAAACAUAAUACUUCUUGAGAAAAAAAA